AUGGCGUCUACAAGUUUUACUCGUGAAAAUGAUUUUGAGGACGAUGGGUCCGUUGUGAAUCGUGACUUGAAUAGUGAGGAAGUGGUCUCAUUGUGGAAUCUGAUUAGAUUAUAUAAAAAAUUAGGUACCAAUGAGCAGUGUGUGGCAUUCGCUGAAGAAAAUGGUUUAGUGCAUUCUCAAAAGCAAUGUAGUACACAUCGUAAACCCAUGAAAAUUGCUAAAUCGACGAAUAAAACAUUUGGUUCAUGGUGUUGCACGAAAGGAAAUUGCAGAUCAAAAACUAAAGUUCCUAGAAAUAAAGGAACAUUUUUCGAAAAUAUUAAAAUAGAAUUAGUUCAUGUUUUCUAUUUAUUAUAUGCGUUUUCGCAAAAUUGGAGCUAUCUUACAACCAUGCGUGAAGAUCCAUAUAAAGAUGAUAGACUUAAAUCCUUAAGCCGAGUUACUAUAUGUGAUUGGUAUAGUUAUUGUAGGGAAACUAUAGUUAUAUAUCAAAUGGAUAAAACUCAAGCGGUAGGAAAGAUUGGUGGCCCAGGGAAGAUAGUCCAGAUUGAUGAAUCUAAAUUUGGGAAAAGAAAAUAUAAUCGAGGACGACAUAUUGAGGGCUAUUGGGUCCUUGGUAUGAUCGAAGACAAAUCUGAAGACCUAAGAUUGGAAGUGUGCCCAAAUAAUAUUCGAUCAGCUGAUAUAUUACUUCCUCUCAUUCAAAAACAUGUUGAAGUUGGUACUAUCAUUCAUACUGACUUCUGGAAAGCAUACGAUUGUCUGGCAGACCAUGGGUACAUACAUCAAAAAGUGAAUCAUUCAGACCCUGAAAACCCGUUUGUGGCUGAAGAUGGAACCCAUACGCAAAGGAUUGAGUCACAGUGGAGGGCAGUAAAAAGAUUUUUUAAAAAGGAUAAUUAUAAUAACUCUGAAAAUUUUUCAGAUCAUGUCUAUGAAUAUUUGUGGCGGCGAAACAAUACAAAACAUAAAAAAGACCCAUUUUUGGAGCUAAUUAAAGCUGUCAAAUAUGUCUAUAAAUUAAACACUGACUGA